GGGAACCACGCCGCCUUCCCAGCCUCAGUUCCCGGAGCCAGCGCGGACCUUUCAACAAGAGCUUUAUUAGUUCUUAGGCCGGGACUCUAUAAAGCGAUGGAGGUGGCGGCUAAUUGCUCCCUGCGGGUGAAGAGGCCACUGUUGGACCCCCGCUUCGAGGGUUACAAGUUGUCUCUCGAGCCGCUGCCCUGUUACCAGCUGGAGCUUGACGCAGCUGUGGCAGAAGUAAAACUUCGAGAUGACCAAUAUACCCUGGACCACAUGUGUGCUUUGGGAAUGUAUAAUUACCUACACCAUGAUUCAUGGUAUCAAGAUAGUGUCUACUACAUUGAUAACCUUGGAAGAAUUAUGAACUUAACAGUGAUGCUGGAUACUGCCUUAGGGAAACCACGGGAGGUGUUUCGACUUCCUACAGAUUUGAGUGCAUAUGACAAUCGCCUUUGUUCAUCUAUCCACUUCUCAUCUUCCUCCUGGGUUACCUUGUCAGACGGUACUGGAAGAUUGUAUGUCAUUGCAACAGGUGAACGUGGAAAUAGUGCUUCUGAGAAAUGGGAGAUUAUGUUUAAUGAAGAGCUUGGGGAUCCCUUUAUUAUAGUUCACAGUAUCUCAUUGCUGAAACCUGAAGAACAUUCAAUAGCUACCCUACUUCUUCGAAUAGAGAAAGAGGAAUCGGAUUUGAAAGGAAGUGGUUUCUAUGUUUCUUUGGAAUGGGUCACUAUCAGUAAAAAAAAUGAAGAUAAUGAAAAAUAUGAAAUUACUAAGCGUGACAUUCUCCAAGGGAAGUCAGUGCCACAUUAUGCUGCUAUUGAGCCCAAUGGAAAUGGUCUAAUGAUUGUCUCCUACAAGUCUUUCAAAUUUGUUCAGGCUAGUCAUGACCUUAAAGAAACUAUGGAUGAAGAUAUGCCAGAGAAAAUCAAAGAACCUCUGUAUUACUGGCAACAGAGUGAAGAUGAUGUGACAGUCACAGUGCGGCUUCCAGGAGACAGUACUAAGGAGGACAUUCAAGUGCAAUUUUUGCCUGAUAACAUCAGCAUUAGGCUGAAGGGUCUCCAAAUUUUAGAAGGAAAACUAUUUUCAUCUGUUGAUCAUGAAAGCAGUACAUGGACAAUUAAAGAGAAUAAUAGUUUGGAGAUUUCCUUGAUUAAGAAGAAUGAAGGACUCACAUGGCCAGAGCUGGUGGUUGGUGAUAAACAAGGGGAACUUUUAAGGGAUGCAGCCCAGUGUGCUGUAAUCGCUGAGCGUUUGAUGCAUUUGACCUCUGAGGAACUGAACCCAAAUCCGGAUAAAGAAAAACCUCCUUGUAAUGCUCAAGAGUUAGAAGAAUGUGAUAUUUUCUUUGAAGAGAGCUCUAGUUUAUGCAGAUUUGAUGGCAAUUCAUUGAAAACUACUCAUGUGGUAAAUCUUGGGAGCAACCAGUACCUUUUCUCCGUCACAGUGGAUCCUAAGGAAAUGCCCUGCUUCUGUUUGCGCCAUGAUGUCGAUGCCCUUCUCUGGCAACCCCACUCUGGAAAACAAGAUGACAUGUGGGAACACAUCGCAACCUUCAACGCUCUAGGUUAUGUCCAAGCAUCAAAGAGAGACAAAAAAUUUUUUGCCUGUGCUCCGAAUUACUCCUAUGCUGCCCUCUGUGAGUGCCUUCGCCGAGUAUUCAUCUAUCGCCAGCCUACCCCCAUGUCUACUGUGCUCUACAACAGAAAGGAAGGCAGGCAUGUAGGGCAGGUUGCUAAGCAGCAAGUAGCAAGCCUGGAGACCAAUGAUCCUAUUUUAGGCUUUCAGGCAACAAAUGAGAGAUUGUUUGUUCUCACGACCAAAAACCUCUUUUUAAUAAAAGUAAAUACAGAGAAUUAACUUCAUGAACAUGUUGGCUGUCUGUAAUAGAAUGCAUCCAUUGGUACCCAGAGGACCAAGCAGUUGUACAGUAUAACCUGUUACGUUUUCAUGUGUUAAAUUAAAAUAUCUUGAAUGAAUUUUUAUUUUUUAAAUGAUAGUAGAAAUAUAGUUAAGAGAUUAUGAUUCUGUAAAAGCUGCAAAAUGAAGCUACAGAUUUGGGGAGCAUUGGCUUCUGUAAAAAGUAUAAAGACAGUAUUGGGUAGUGUAAUUAUUUUUAAAAUACAGAGGCUAGAAUCUUUUAUAUAAAACAUGUACAAUUUAGUGUUUAAAAAUAAAAAUUGUAUUGUA